UUUCAGUCAGAAUAUUUUUGGUGAGCGAAUCACAAGUUUUUUUUUCGGUUAGAUCUGAAUAAGUUGAAUCUGAACAAUUAAAUUGAUUUCUACCGAAAGUACGGUGAUCAACUGUCAUCUUUAAAUAGCUUCCGCGAUAAUAUCGUUAAUAUCCAGGUGAUAAUUGAUUGCGUAAAUUUCGAAAAAAUUGCGAUAAUUGAAUGAAAAUUUUCAAUGCAAAAGACUCGUUGAUUGUGCUCUUUCUAUUAUACACGAAGAGAAUGUAUGUAAACACACACUGUGCAAAUGACAGAAAGAAAUUGGAUUAUUGAAGUGGAAAAAAGUCAAAAUCAAUCAGAAACUAUUACAGUUACUUAAUUGAAAAUACGAGAAUUAUUUGAUCCCGUUGUCAUUUCGUUGGUCCAUAACUGAUGAAUCAAUAUGCUGUUCGAAGAUUUAACAUAAACAUCGAAAUCGAAUAACAUGAAGUCGUCAUCACACAAUCGUCCAGGGGUACUUGUGUCCCCAUAAGACACACACACACACAAUACAAGUGAAUUAAAUUUAAUUUUAAAUAAAUAAAAGAAAUUUGCCAUUUUGCAUCGAUAUCGUUCAAAAAAGAAGAAUCGCAGUUCUUUUCUAGUCAACAGUGGUUUGGGAAACAAAAAAAGGAAGAGUGACGGCACUUCGAAUUUCUUAAUUUUUUGUGUGAUAAAAUUAAAACAAAUUAAAUUUAAUUAAAAAGAAAGAAAGAAAAUCUUAAAUAAGUUUAGCUCAGUGAUUUGAUGAUUGUAAAUGUGAGGCGAAAUCAGUGAUUGUAUUCCAGAGAAAUUAUUAAAAAUCCAAAGAUUGUGCAUAAAUAAUUUGGACGUUGAACUUGGUCAAGUUCCAUCCUUGAGUGUGUACAAGCUAUUAUAAUUAUUAAUACCGAUCAAUAAAUCGUAAACAUCAGUAUUGAAUUUUUGUUGUUAAAUUUUGUUAAUUUUAUUUGUUUUUCUAAUUGAUCCAUUAUUUGCAUAAAUAAUUAAUUUCGUAAAUCUUAAUUUAUAAUUAAUUUACCGGUUAAAUAAACGAAGAGAUUAUUCUCAACAACAACCUUCAGUGAACAUAAAAUCCAAGUGCGAAAAACAAACAAACAUAAAAAUGCCAUCGAAUGGAGAUACGUCAGCGAAUGCUGACAAAUUAAGUGGCAUUGAAGAGGAGUCUGACAUUUAUGAAGCUUUUCCACCCCAUGUUGACACCGCUCAGAUAACGGUGCUGUCCGAUUCACCAACUGACGCCGACAGUCCAAAAUCCUUGAUAGUCACUAUCAGAAAGCGUCUAUUUUCAGGAAAAAAGCCAACGCUCAAAACAUUCAACGAUAUCCAAACUCUUCUAAGUCAAGGCAAGAAACGAGACGUUAAGCUAGCUAUAAGGGAAAAUUCAUGGCCCAUCAAUUCGACCAUUCGUUCACAACUGUGGCCGGCUCUCUGCAGUCAGCAUCAGGUUGGCAAAAGUAUGUUGGACGGAUUUUAUUGGGACAUGGUCAAUCAGGUGUUCGGAACAACAGAACUUCCAGAGAAACCCAUUAUGCUGCCGCCGUUUGUCGAUUCGACGCACUGCCUUCCCUAUCAUUUGACACGCAAGGGACGUUCCGUUGCCGAUCGGGUUGUCACCGUUUUGGCGUACGCUUGUCCUGAUAUUACAUACAGUCCAUCGUUGUAUCCGAUUACAGCAUUAUUGUUGCAUUUUAUGUCUGAAGAAGAAUGCUAUCAUUGUCUGGCAAGUCUAGUAGCAGCCAAAGAAAAAGUGUUCAUCACACAAACGAAAUUGUUGUACGAGGUGACAUGGAAGACUGUGAUGCAAAUAGCCAAGAAACAUGCUAAAUCAGCUGUGCUCCAUUUGCAACGAAUUUGUCCUGGUCAAAAAUCGGAACGAAUUUUUAUGGAUUGGAGCUGGUGGAUACUGGGCGGUCUGCCGUUUCCUCACCUUGUUAGAGUUAUGGACUGUUUUUUUCACGAGGGAAUCAAAGUGUUUUACCGAAUAUCUUUGGCGAUUUUGAUUCUUUUCAAUAAGCAUGCGACUUCAUCGUCAUCCGACAGCGAGUGGAAUUCAGAAAACCUCAAAAAUGACAUUGAAAAUGCACUGCCGAAGUUUUGUCGAAAUUUACCAGUGUCGCCAACGAAACUUUUGCGCACCGCGUUUAACAUUAGAGCCCUUAGUUCAACAUAUAUUUCUAGAGUUUUUAUCAAGACUGAAAUGGUACUAAAGAGUAGAUCAGUGCUUAGUGGAUCCAAACAAUUAGUGAGGUCGCGUUCUAGCGAUAAUUUACCAACAAGUCAGUCACAAGUAAACAUUCAAAUGAUGUCGCACACACUGACAAUUCGAGAACGGACACAAACCGAGACCUGUAAACCAAUGGGAGCCCACUCUCCUGGUGCUAGAGCGCUCUCGAUGGGUGUUUAUCCCCUACAAGCAAUAAAAAGUCAAAUUGUUGAUCAAGAUAAUUUAUUUACAUUGUGGUCAUGGCUACCGGUACGCAUAACCAUGUACCAACCGGUACUACUAUAUACAACCGAAGAGCACGGUUGCUCAUUGACAACAUUUUACGUUCGAGUGGAAAUGCAUGAACCAACAUUGCUAAUGAUCAAAACAUGUAAUAACGAGGUAUUCGGCGCUUAUUGCUCUUCUCGUUGGUUCGAACGAAAUCUGAAAGACGACAAAGGCCAUCGACAGGCUUACUUCGGCACCGGUGAAACAUUUCUGUUUUCCUUGUAUCCCGAACGUGCUAGAUACCCCUGGGUGGGUAUCGAAGGUGAUAAAGGUUUGGGACAUGGUUCUGAGCUGUUCAUGGCAGCCGAUUCGAAGAUGAUUACAAUUGGCGGAGGUGAGGGUCAGGCUAUUUGGAUGGACGAAAAUAUUCGAUAUGGUAAAACCGAUCGAUGUCAGACAUUUAACAAUCCACCGUUGUGUCCAUCGGGAGACUUUGAAAUAAGAGUGUUGGAAGUGUAUGGUUUUAGUGGAGCGUAAACACGUUCGAGUUUAUGCGGUGUUCAGAGCUACGAAACCAGAAUCAGAAAAGAGAGGAAGUGAACUAAAAGUUGUAAAAAUUACAUUUUUCCAAUUAAAAAAAAUUGAAAUUGAAAUUCGCUGCAAUAUUUUGUUAAGUAUUUUUUAGUUCUAUAAAAAAAGGAUAAAAAUGAUGGAGUUGUGGAUGUGUGUGUGCGCAUAAGAGCCGCCUCUUAUCGACAUAGAUAUACUUUCUUCAAAAAUAUAUUGUUGUAUUGUUGUACAUAUUCCUAAUUGUAUUUCUUUCCGUUCUAUCUUUCUUCCCUCUUCAUUUUGUUUUCCUUUAUCAAUUUGCCUAUCACACUCUUUGAAGCUAAGAAUUUAAUUGUAAUUUUUGUGAAACCAAAUUUAAAAAAAAAAAUUGAAACAAAAAUCUUUGUUGUUGUUAUUGUUGUUGUUCCAUAUUAUGCUGUUUGUAGUUUUACUCGCAUAAAGUAUAUUUGCCGUUUUAUAAGUAUAUUAUGAAUAUAUUUGAUGAUUAAAAAGAGAAAAACAACAGAAAAUCAAAAUUUAGCAUUGUACGGACUAUACGUAAAUAUAAAUUAAAAAGUUUGUUUUUUUGAAUUUUAUUUAAAGAGCAAAAAACAAAUGGAAAAAGAAACAAUAGAAAAGGGAAAAAUUACACAAAAUAUUUGAAUUGUUAAAGCAAAGAAAAACUUUCGUUCGUAUUUAAGUAUUUAUAACAAAAAAUAAAAAUAAAAUAAUGAAAUUACUUCAAUUACAACAGCGAAAUAAUUGUUUUUUUUUCUAUGAAAUUUUGUUUAAUUUAAAAACUUAUAAUUAUGAUAAAGCUACGAGUAUAUAAUUAGUGUUGUUGUGAAGAAAA